GGCAAGCAACCAAAAUUAGGAUUAAGAAGGUUGUUGAAGAAAUUGAGAAAAAGUAGAGAAGAGAGCCAACACCUCCACCAUUCCCCUCUCUCUAUCUCUCUGACCGGCUACCACCCAUCAGCUGCCCCCUCAUGUGGGCCCCACCUUGCAAUCUCUGGAGGAUCUUUUAAGUGGAAAUAUGACCAGAAGCCGCCUCUCCUUUUUAGACAAGAGUAAAAAACCAUCUCCUUCUCCAUCUCUCUCUCUUUCCAAAACCCUAAUUCAAACAGACCCCCAAAAGAGAAACCCUUGUCUUAUCUCUCUCUUCCGGCUUCCUUCUUCUCUAGUCGUCCAGAUCUUUGGCUUGUUGCUGAUGUUUUACUCUCUUCCCUUCUCUUUCUGACAAUCUGUUCAAAGAGAAAAGGAGAAAGGAAGCAACAAGAAAGGUCUGUCUUCAUGCGCAGAUCAGAGCCUUAAAGACAAGGGUACUUCCUUCUGAAGAACUUUCCACCAUCUCACUCUAUUUACUACAUGGGUUCUUCUUCAGAUCUUCUUUAAUUGUCCUGUAAGUCUCUCUCUCUCUCUCUCUCUCUCUCUCUCUCUCUCUCUCUCUCUCUCUCUCUCUCUCCAUCCAUGGAUUCUGGUAACAGUGGGAGCAUGCAGUCGUCCAGCGGCGGCGAUGAAGAAUACGAUUCACGCUCCGAAUCGAUCUCCGCCUUCUUGAAUUCUUCCUGCCAUGGUGGUGGCCCCAUCUCAAACCCAUCUCCUCCGCCAUCUCAUCAGCACCACCCAUCUUUAUUCGACUCCCUCUCGAAUUAUCUAGACCCCUACCAAAGAUCACCACCCCCGCCUUCAAACCUCAACCCUCUCCUCAAUCUCGACACUGCUUGGUCCAGGGCCCCACCAUCAGACCCCAAUUGCACCGACAUCGGUACCCUAACGGCAUCAAUGACACCGGCCCCACCAAUCUCUUCCCUAGGAUCAACCGCCGGUUCAUUCCCAACCACCAACAUCGGCCCAUCAACACUCUUACUCUCCGAUAAUGGCAGUAGGCCAACGCCACCCACCGAUCACCCCACCGGCCGUAACCCAAAGAAGCGAUCCAGAGCCUCACGCCGUGCUCCCACCACAGUCCUCACCACAGACACAUCAAAUUUCCGAGCCAUGGUGCAAGAAUUCACAGGAAUACCAGCCCCGCCGUUCUCCGCUUCUCCGUUCCCUCGAGGUGGCCGGCUCGAUCUCUUUAACACUGCCUUAAGGUCAGGACUCUCCGAGCCCCUACCGCCUCCUUACCUUCUCCGGCCUUUCGCACAAAAGGUCCAGCGGCCACCUGCCUUCACCUCUCUUCCACUCAACUCUUCUUCUUCAAACAUGGUUGAUGCUGUUUCUUCUACUACUAAUACUAGUAACUACCAGCUUCCAUCUGAUUUAGGCCCACCUAAACACAAUCAUAAUCUACUAAACAUGCAGAAUUCAAUCCUAGCCAUUCAGUCCCUCCUCCAAUCUUCUCCUCCUAAGUGUCCAUUGCCUAAUCUACCCAUCUUCGGUGCAAAAUCUCAAGGACGGUCGAUGACGAAUCCGAUGAUGGAUGAAUUUGCUGGAAACCGUGGGUCCGUCGGCGCACAUCUUGGUUCACUUUCGAAUCUGACUACCUCAGAUGCAAUGCCAUUAAGAGGCAGCAAUUCUCCAAGUUGGGGCGAUGGAAUUGGAUUGAAUGAUGGUGAUCAAGGUCAUUUGAAGACUUUCAAUGGGAAUUAUGGGAAUCCACAGCAGGUUAGUAGCUGCAAGAUGAACUUCACAGCAUCGUCGUCUGAUUUCCAUACAGAGAAAGGGGCAGAGAAUGCAUCUUCAAGAGGUGAAGGUAUGGUGGAUUCAUGGAUCUGUUCUUCUGAUUAGAACAAGAACAAGAUAGAGCAAGCAAUGGAGCAUAGGAAAAAAAAAAAAGAAAAAAAGAAAAAAAAGAAAAAGAGGAGAUGUUGGUCCACUUCGUUUUGCACCAUCAUGACCAUAAAAAUGCAAUACUCUUUAUUAUUCUUCUAUGUAGAUAUAGUUCUCUUUUGUUCAUUUCCUUCUCACUAUACAUCCACAAAGACAUGAUUAUGAGGAUUUUGAUUUUCCCAA